AUGGAGACCAGGGAGGACAAAUCCCGAAGGCAGAACCUCAUGGAAGAGGCCAUUUUGAGCGGCUCCAUGGCAGAGGAAUCCAAUGGGAAGGAAAAGCCCCAGAGAUCCUGCAUGAGGAGGGGUUCCAAACCCAUCCCAGCUCGCUCGGAGAAUGGAAGACGCAGCCUGUGCCGGGAAGAUGGACAGAGCCUCAGCCAGAGCUCUGAGCUGAUCCAGCACCAGGUGAUCCAAACUGGGGAUCAGCCCUACAAGUGUGGGGAAUGUGGGAAGGGCUUCAAGCACAACUCCACCCUUGUGACCCACCGGCGCAUCCACACAGGAGAGAGGCCCUACGAGUGUGGGGAAUGCGGGAAGAGCUUCAGCCAGAGAUCCCACCUGAUCUGCCACCAGAGGAUCCACACUGGGGAGAGGCCCUACGAGUGUGGGGAAUGUGGAAUGAGCUUCAGCCACAGCUCCAUCCUGAUCCGCCACCAGAGGAUCCACACCAGGGAACGGCCCUACCAGUGUGAGCAAUGUGGGAAGAGCUUCAACCAGAGCUCCCACUUGAUCCACCACCAGAAUACCCACGCUGAGGAUAGGCCAUACAAGUGUGGGGAAUGUGGGAAGGGCUUCAACCAGAGGUCCAAACUGGUCAUCCACCAAAAAAUCCACAAUGGGGAGAGGCCCUAUGAGUGUGGGGAAUGCGGGAGGAGCUUCAGCCAGAGAUCCCACCUGAUCUGCCACCAGAGGAUCCACACUGGGGAAAGGCCCUACGAGUGUGGGGAAUGUGGGAAGGGCUUCAGCCAGAGAUCCAAACUGAUCCGCCACCAGAGGAUCCACACCAGGGAACAGCCCUACCAGUGUGAGCAAUGUGGGAUGAGCUUCAGCCAGACCUUCUACCUGAUCUGCCACCAAAGGAUCCACACUGGGGAGAGGCCCUACCAGUGUGAGGAAUGUGGGAAGAGCUUCAACCAGAGCUCCAACUUGAUCCGCCACCAGAACAUCCACGCUGAGGAAAGGCCAUACAAGUGUGGGGAAUGUGGGAAGGGCUUCAACCAGAGAUCCAAACUGAUCAUCCACCUAAAGAUCCACACCGGGAAGAGACCUGACAAGUGUCCCGAGUUUCAGAGAAGAUCCAGUCUCCUUGUGCACAAGCGGAUUCACAGAGAGGAGAGGCCCUUCCUCUGCCCCAGCUGCAGGAAGGGCUUCAAGCACAACUCCACCCUCAUCAUUCACCAGCAUAUCCACACUGGGGAAAUGCCCUACAAAUGUGGGGAAUGCAGGAAGGGCUUCCACCAGAGCCUCCAACUGGUCAUCCACCAAAUGAUCCACACCAGGGAGAGGCCCUACCAGUGUGCGGAACAUGGGAUGAGCUUCAGCAUAAGCUCCCACCUGAUCCGCCACCUGAGGAUCCACACAUGUCCCACUUGUGGGAAGAGCUUGUCCAGGAGCUCUCACUUGAGCAGACACCAACGGAGACAGCAGUAA